GAUAGUAGGUGGCGAUGGAAGAAAGUAAAAUUCGCAAAACAAACCGCAACUGCACCAACAUAACGAAACUCAACGCAAAAUCGAUGUGGAUUGCAACAAAUAUUGAAACUCCUACACAUCGAAGUGUAAUGAAACGAAGCAUCAAAUCUCAAACACCACCCAACCCAUGCAAAGCGUUUCUCAGUCUCAGAAGAACCAUCAUAAAGCAGAGGCGACACGAUGGCGCCUCCUCACUGCGAAAUCCGUUUCGACGAUAAUCCACAAGGGGUCUACCACGGUGGACAAAUUCUAUCCGGUUCGGUGGAACUGCGACUGGACAAACCCAAACUGGUCAAUGAUUUUCGUCUGGUGAUAUCUGGUUGUGCGGAAGUUCGCUGGAGCGAGAGGCGAACCAGGGAUCGAAAAGUGACCUACACCGGAAAGGAGGAUCUGCUUCGAGCCGAAACCAAGUUGAUUCCGGAGAGUAAUUCCAAUACUGAAAUACCGGCUGGCAUACACGUAUACAACUUCUCAAGUCCAAUACCAUCCCAUGUGCCUACAUCGUUCGAAGGAGAACACGGUAAAAUUCGUUACACAGUUCGUGCCAUCCUGGAACGUCCGUGGAAAUUCGACCAGACGUGUACGGCGGCAUUCACUGUGUUGAAACCAUUGGACCUGAAUCAACUCAUUUACACAACCAAAGUAAGCAGGAAGGAAACUCUGAUUAAAACCUUUUGCUGUUGGCCAUGCACUUCCAAUCCGCUUUACAUCGAGGUGGAAAUACCAGUAUCAGGAUACGUUCCAGGUCAGAAGAUCCCCAUUACGGUUGCCCUGAACAAUACCAGCAGUACCACAAUAGUUGGUAUUAAAAGUAGCCUCGAACGAAAGGUCACCUACAUCAGUCAAUACCCAAGGGAAAAGAGUCGAGUCGUUGGCAAGUGCCUGGCCAGCGUUUGGACAACUGUGACCACCGACAAAAGUGCCACUUACUCUCAGAAUCUAGAGAUCCCAUCGGUCGCCCCUACGGGAAAGUGUUCCGUCCUAGUCAUAGAUUAUUUGCUGAAGGUAAAAGUGCAUUGUGGUGGUUUGCACUCGAACCCGAAAAUCAAAAUUCCCAUCACGAUUGGAACUAUCCCAUUUGCCUUAUCGCCGACGACGACAGCUGCCGGUCCAAAUGAUAAUAUUGGAUGGUCCAAUGACACAGUAAACGCCCCAAGCGCCCCAAUGUUACCGCCUUCACCCAUCGAUAAAGAGGAUUUACCGCCACCUUCCUACGAGGAAGCCAUGCACGGAACGGCUAUCAACGUGAAUGAUGAUGAACCGAAUGCCAUUGGGUUCCAAGCAUUUAUACCUCGAUACCCGGUGUACAAUUUUGAUGCUGCCAGGAACAAUUAAAGUCUUACAUAUAUUUAUACUGUAAUAUAUAACUGUGACGUAAAUACAUAAAACGAUCUUACUUUACCAAAAA